AUGAAAAUUCUGUCCAGAGUGUCUCUUUGUGGGUUGGGGAGGAAGGGCAGAGGACUAGUUCUCUGGAGGGAUCCUGAGUCUCCACCAUGUUGUCUCCUUAGGACAAGUCACGCCAAGGCCAAAGCUGAGGCAGCAGAACAGGCUGCCCUGGCUGCCAACCAAGAGUCCAACAUUGCCCGCACUUUGGCCAGGGAACUGGCUCCAGACUUCUACCAGCCAGGUCCGGAGUAUCAGAAGCGCCGGCUGCUCCAGGAGAUCCUGGAGAACUCGGAGAGCCUGCUGGAUUCCCCCCACCGGGGCCCUGGCGCCGCAGGCCUCUCGGAGCGGCCCCGCGAGAGCCCGGAGCUGCACGAGCGCGAGACCCCUGCGCCCGAGGGUGGCCCCCCGUCGCCGGCCGGGACGCCCCCUCAGCCCAAGCGGCCCCGGCCGGCCGCGGCGUCCAAGGACGGCCUGCUGAGCUCGGGCGCCUGGAACGGCGAGCCCGGCGGCGAGGGCAGCCGGCCGGUCACGCCGUCCGAGGCCGCUGGCCGUCGCAGCCCCGCGCGUCCCGCCAGCGAGCGCAUAGCCAUCGAGGCGCUGCAGGCGCCGUCCGUGCGGUCGCAGGAGCCCGAGGUGGCGCUCUACCAGGGCUACCACAGCUACGCCGUGCGCACCGCGCCGCCCGCGCCGCCGCCCUUCGAGGACGAGCCCGAGCCCGAGGUCCCCGCGGCCGACUCGGCGCCCCCGUCCCCGGCCGCCCCCGGCACGGCGGCCCCGCCCCGAGGCUCCGCGCCCGAGAGCCCCGCCAAGCUGGAACCCAAGCCCAUCGUCCCCAAGGCCGAGCCCAAGGCCAAGGCCCGCAAGACGGAGGCCCGGCUGACCAAGGCCGGGGCCAAGAAGAAGGCUCGGAAGGAGGCGGCGACGGCGGCGGAGGUGGAGGUGGAGGAGGUCCCCAACACCGUCCUCAUCUGCAUGGUGAUUCUGCUUAACAUUGGCCUGGCCAUCCUCUUCGUUCACCUCCUGACCUGACCUCAUCCACCAG